GCUGAAUUUGAAAGUUUCAUGUCAAGCAAUCCAGCUUGCCUUUGAAUCUUCCCAAAAAGCCACCUUUGAUCUCAUUUUUUGGUCAAAUCGAGUCAAAAAGCUUGAUAAGACUCGACUCGAUAAGGCUUGACUAAAGGUCGAGCCUUAUCGAGUCGAGUCUCGAGCCUAAAGGAAAUUCUUCGAGUCGAGCUUCGAGUAUCCAUUUUUUAGACUCGAUCGAGCUCGAGUUUCUGUGUAUAUGAGUCGAGUCGAGCUCGAGUAUAGCGAUACUCGAGCUCGACUCGGCUCGAUUACAUCCUUAUGACAUUAAACAGUAGACAACGCAGGGGAGACUAGGAUUUUUAUGUCGAGACCAAGCAGGCUUCAUUUACGUUCACUCAGCGACUAAACCAGAAAACCCCGCCGCCGGCAGUGUGCCACGAGCCAGGGGCAUUUGGGACAUCUUCAGAAUCUUUCAAGCCACCUACAUUCAAGCCGUCGGGCUAAUUCCGAUAAAGACGACGCCAAAUUUAAGAUCUGACGGAGAUUUCACAUUAACGAUAUGGCCAAAGAGAACAACUCCUCCGCUAUGGAUGUGGACAACCAGAAUUCGGAAUCCGUUGAUCAGAUUAAUAGCCCUAGGUUCUCUAUCAAUGUUUUGCAGCUCUUGAAAUCCGCUCAGAUGCAGCAUGGAUUGCGGUUUGGCGAUUACGCUCGUUACCGGAGGUACUGUACUGCUCGGCUCAGGAGAUUGUACAAGUCGUUGAAAUUCACGCAUGGCCGUGGUAAAUAUAGUAAAAGGGCGAUUACAGCUUCUAUGGUCACUGAAGUGAGGUAUCUUCAUGUGGUUCUUUAUACAGCAGAAAGAGCUUGGAGCCAUGCUAUGGAAAAGAAAACGCUGCCAGAUGGUCCAAAUGCACGUCAGCGUGGCUAUCUGAUUGGUAGGCUGCGAAAAGCAGUCAAAUGGGCUACUUUGUUUCAAGACUUGUGUUCCAUUAAGGGAGAUUCUAGGACAUCUUUGGAAGCAGAGGCCUAUGCAGCUUAUAUGAGGGGAAAUUUGUUAUUUGAACAAGAUCAGAAUUGGGAAGUUGCACUGAAGAGUUUCAAAAGUGCCAGGGCUGUUUAUGAGGAACUUGGGAAAUAUGGAGACCUUGAGAACCAAGUUUUGUGCCGUGAGCGGGUUGAGGAAUUAGAACCUAGCAUAAGAUACUGCUUACACAAAAUUGGCGAGUCAAAUUUACAAACUUCUGAAUUGUUACGCAUAGGUGAAAUGGAAGGACCUGCUUUGGACCUGUUUAGAGCAAAGUUGGAGGCUGUUAUGUCUGAGGCUAGGUCCCAGCAGGCUGCAUCAAUGACAGAAUUCCAUUGGCUUGGGCACCGAUUUCCAAUAUCAAACGCAAAAACAUUUAAUGGAUUCCUCAUUUUUUGUAGUAGUCUCCUCUGCGUUGUCUACUGUUUAAUGGAUUAUGACAAGUACUGGAGUCUAAUGUGUAAUUCAAAUUGUUUAUGGGUACGUGGACAACAGACUUAA